CUCUCUCUCUCUCUCUCUCUCUCUCUCUCUCUCUCACACACACACACCACAUUUUCUUCUCUUUCUGUUUCCGGCAAACAAAGCUCCGCUGUGGUAGACUCACACACUCACUCAGUAUUCUUGGACUGAUAAAUCUUAACCGACACAUUGUCAGCUCUUUCGAGGCACUGAAAAUUUACAAAGACCCAGAAAAAGAGCUCUCUUUUAGAUCUCUCUCUUCCAUUCUCACCAUGUGUCCACCAAGCUCAUGACCCUUCUUUAAUGGUGGAGGACAAAACACCAAUGACCACAUAUUUACAUUCACAGGCUUUAACCAACUGAGCCUUUUUCAGUUCUGAGGUUUUCUUUUGUAGAUAUAAAGUCUCUCUGUUGGUGGGUCUGUUGAGAAUUGGUUUUUCAUGGCGGAGACGACGGAAGGGAAAGUAAUGCCGGAAGCGGAGAAGAAGAAAGAGCAGAGUCUUCCUUUUUAUCAGCUGUUUUCGUUUGCUGAUAAGUAUGAUUGGGUACUUAUGAUCUCUGGAAGCCUCGGAGCUAUCAUUCAUGGCUCAUCUAUGCCCGUUUUCUUUCUUCUAUUCGGUGAAAUGGUUAAUGGGUUUGGCAAGAAUCAAUCUGAUUUACACACAAUGACUCAAGAAGUAUCAAAGUAUGCUCUGUAUUUCGUAUAUCUUGGAUUGGUUGUAUGUUUAUCCUCCUAUGCAGAAAUUGCUUGUUGGAUGUACACUGGGGAGAGGCAAGUGAGUGCAUUGAGGAAGAAGUAUCUUGAAGCGGUGUUGAAACAGGACGUUGGGUUCUUUGACACAGAUGCUAGAACAGGGGAUAUUGUUUUUAGUGUCUCCACGGACACUCUUCUUGUCCAAGAUGCCAUCAGUGAGAAGGUGGGGAAUUUCAUUCAUUAUCUUUCAACAUUUUUGGCGGGAUUAGUGGUUGGUUUUGUGUCAGCCUGGAGGCUUGCUCUACUUAGCGUGGCGGUGAUUCCUGGGAUUGCUUUUGCUGGGGGUUUAUAUGCAUAUACUCUCACCGGUCUCACGUCCAAGAGUCGGGAAUCCUAUGCCAAUGCAGGCAUCGUUGCUGAGCAGGCCAUUGCACAAGUUAGGACGGUUUACUCAUAUGUUGGUGAGUGCAAGGCCCUCAAUUCAUAUUCAGAUGCAAUACAAAACACCUUGAAGCUUGGUUACAAGGCUGGGAUGGCUAAAGGCCUGGGACUAGGAUGUACCUAUGGAAUAGCUUGCAUGUCAUGGGCUCUUGUUUUCUGGUAUGCCGGUGUUUUUGUGAGGAAUGGUCAGACUGAUGGGGGGAAGGCUUUCACAGCCAUUUUCUCUGCCAUUGUUGGUGGCAUGAGUUUGGGUCAGUCAUUCUCAAAUCUUGGAGCAUUCAGCAAAGGCAAAGCGGCUGGAUACAAGUUAAUGGAGAUCAUCAAACAAAAACCCACUAUAGUUCAGGACCCCUCUGAUGGAAAGUGCUUGACCGAGAUUAGCGGGAACAUUGAAUUCAAAGAUGUAACUUUCAGCUACCCGUCAAGGCCUGAUGUUAUUAUCUUUAGAGACUUCUCCAUUUUCUUCCCUGCGGGAAAGACAUUUGCAGUUGUUGGUGGUAGUGGCUCGGGGAAAAGCACUGUUGUCUCUCUGAUAGAAAGGUUUUAUGAUCCUAAUCAGGGGCAAAUUUUGCUUGACAACGUAGACAUAAGAACCUUGCAACUGAGAUGGUUGCGUGAUCAGAUUGGUCUGGUGAACCAAGAACCCGCGCUUUUUGCUACCACUAUACUUGACAAUAUACUGUAUGGAAAGCCUGAUGCAACAAUGGCUGAAGUGGAAGCAGCUACCUCCGCUGCAAAUGCUCAUAGCUUUAUUACUUUGCUUCCCAAUGGGUAUAACACUCAGGUGGGAGAGCGCGGUGUCCAACUCUCUGGUGGUCAGAAACAGAGAAUUGCAAUUGCAAGAGCUAUGUUGAAAAACCCCAAGAUCCUCCUCCUUGACGAAGCAACUAGUGCCCUUGAUGCAGGCUCUGAAAGCAUUGUUCAGGAAGCUCUAGAUCGUCUUAUGGUUGGAAGGACGACAGUGGUUGUUGCUCAUCGGCUUUCCACCAUAAGACAUGUUGAUUCAAUUGCGGUUAUACAGCAAGGACAAGUUGUUGAGACUGGAACUCAUGAAGAACUAAUUGCCAAAGCUGGUGCCUAUGCUUCCCUAAUUAGAUUUCAGGAAAUGGUGGGAAAUAGAGACUUUUCAAAUCCUUCAACCCGUCGUACACGCUCAUCACGACUGAGCCAUUCAUUGUCAACAAAGUCUCUGAGCCUCCGCUCUGGUAGCUUAAGGAAUUUGAGCUAUUCAUACAGCACUGGUGCAGAUGGUCGAAUAGAAAUGGUCUCCAAUGCUGAGACAGAGAGAAAAAAUCCGGCCCCAGCUGGUUAUUUCUUACGUCUUCUCAAGCUAAACGGUCCAGAAUGGCCUUACUCUAUUAUGGGUGCUGUAGGAUCAAUUCUCUCUGGCUUUAUUAGCCCAACCUUUUCCAUUGUGAUGAGCAAUAUGAUCGAGGUAUUCUACUACAAGAACUUUUCGAGCAUGGAAAGGAAGACAAAGGAGUAUGUUUUCAUCUACAUUGGUGCAGGUCUUUAUGCUGUCGUCGUAUAUCUUAUACAGCACUACUUCUUCAGUAUUAUGGGAGAAAAUCUCACUACUAGAGUUAGGAGAAUGAUGCUUGCAGCAAUCCUAAGGAAUGAAGUUGGAUGGUUCGACGAGGAAGAGCACAACUCUAGCCUCCUUGCAGCUCGCCUAGCCACAGAUGCCGCUGAUGUGAAAUCUGCCAUUGCUGAGAGGAUAUCUGUGAUACUACAGAACAUGACAUCCCUCCUCACCUCAUUCAUAAUUGGAUUCAUAAUCGAAUGGAGAGUCUCCCUUCUCAUCCUGGCUACCUUCCCUCUUCUUGUCCUAGCCAAUUUUGCCCAGCAACUUUCUCUCAAAGGGUUUGCUGGAGACACAGCAAAGGCGCAUGCAAAGACAAGCAUGAUUGCUGGGGAGGGGGUGAGCAACAUCCGAACUGUCGCAGCUUUCAAUGCCCAAGAAAAAAUACUUUCCCUAUUUUGCCAUGAACUCCGCAUCCCACAGCUUGGAAGCCUUCGCCGCAGCCAAUCUUCCGGCCUCCUCUUUGGUCUCUCUCAGCUUUCUCUUUACGCUUCUGAAGCCCUAAUCCUCUGGUAUGGUGCCCACCUUGUCAGCAAAGGUGUCUCCACCUUCUCAAAGGUUAUCAAGGUUUUCGUGGUCUUGGUCAUCACAGCCAAUUCGGUUGCUGAAACUGUUAGCCUUGCUCCUGAGAUUAUAAGGGGUGGCGAAGCUGUUGGUUCUGUGUUUUCAAUUCUUGAUCGAUCAACUAAGAUAGAUCCUGAUGAUCCCGAGGCCGAGCCAGUCGAAUCAAUUCGUGGUGAAAUUGAAUUAAGACAUGUUGAUUUUGCAUACCCUUCACGGCCAGAUGUCAUUGUGUUUAAGGAUUUUAAUCUUAGAAUCCGGGCAGGGCAGAGCCAAGCUCUUGUUGGGGCCAGUGGAUCAGGAAAAAGUUCCGUGAUAGCAUUGAUUGAACGAUUCUAUGACCCUGUAGCUGGGAAAGUGAUGAUUGAUGGCAAGGAUAUUAGGCGGUUGAACUUAAAAUCUCUGCGGCUUAAAAUUGGGUUUGUCCAACAAGAGCCAGCCCUAUUUGCAGCAACCAUUUUUGAUAACAUUGCAUAUGGGAAAGAAGGGGCAACGGAAGCUGAAGUAAUUGAAGCAGCUCGUGCUGCAAAUGUGCACACAUUUGUCAGUGGUUUGCCCGAAGGCUACAAAACCCCAGUAGGUGAGAGAGGGGUUCAACUCUCUGGGGGACAAAAACAACGGAUUGCAAUUGCACGAGCCGUUCUCAAGGACCCAACAAUACUUCUGCUAGAUGAGGCCACAAGUGCCCUUGACGCGGAGUCGGAGUGUGUGCUACAAGAAGCACUCGAAAGGCUGAUGAGGGGUCGAACCACUGUUCUAGUGGCGCAUCGUUUAUCAACAAUACGAAGGGUGGACAGUAUUGGAGUUGUGCAAGAUGGGCGUAUUGUGGAACAAGGUAGUCACUCAGAACUAGUCAGCCGACCUGAUGGGGCAUACUCUAGGCUAUUGCAACUUCAACAACAUCACAUAUAAUAUUGAGUUUGGAUUUAAAGCAGCAUGGCCUCCUAUCUUUCCUGGUAAUUAUGUUUGGACCCCAUUAACCAUUGCUUUCAUUUUCUUUUUUAAAUGAAUAGUUGUAGAUAUGGGGAUGUGGAAGACCAAAUCUGAGAACUGCUGUACCAUUCCCAAUGGAGAAGCAUAUGUUAUAUUAUAAUGUCUAUGUUGGUGAUUGCUUAGCUUUUCGCUCUCCUUUUUCAAUGGAAGUUCUACAUAAACAUUGAAAAAGUACACCCCAUAGCCCAACUUUCCAGCUCUUGAGACUCUUUUUCUUGCUCUCUUACUUUUUUCCAUUGCAUGUGUUCGCCAAUGUGCCUUUUUCAGUUGUAGAUAAGUGCUUAUCUUUUCUGGGUUUAAGGCCGACAUGUAUUAUUGGAACUGUUAAACAACAACAGUGGCUUGCAGACACAUUCAUUUGGCCCAGAUGGGUGUGAUUAUUGUACUAAAGCAAGAGAUUCAUAAAAGAUUAUUAAAUGUAAAAGCUUAAGAAUUUAUUGUGAGCAUGAAGGCUUGUCUUCCACUUUGCACAUGAUAUGGACCCAUCUCUGUACACUCUUUUUUCUGUAGCUUUAGUAAAGGUGAUG